UUUUGUCUGAAGAAGAAGUUAAAAUAAAGACACAAGUAUGGAUGGAUAUGAAUCACGAAUACUUGAAAGAAGUUGAAGCAAAAAGGAAAAAACAAGAAAUAGAUCGUGCAAAUGGUAUUGGAGUUCGUAGACAUAAACGACCAAGAAAAGGUAAAAGUGAUGAUCAGACAGUUGCCAGUACUCCAGCUGAAGCGGCAAGAAGAUUAUUUGAAGAAAGAAAUCUUUCAAAGAAGAUAAAUUUUAAGAUUUUGGAUUCACUUUUUGAUAACAUAGCAGGAGGGAGUAUACCAAAUACACCUACUUCAUGGCGGGAUUAUGAUCCUACUAGUGUUAGUGGCUCCGGAAUUGCACGUAGUGGUACCCCAGCUAGUUCUAGAUGGGAAGAUGAUGAGGAAUUUGGCGAUUAUUAUGAUAAUAGCUAUGACAAUAAUUAUGACAAUAAUUAUGACAAUAAUUAUGACAAUAAUUAUGACCUUAAUUAUGACCAUAAUUAUGAUCAUAAUUAUGAACAUAAUGAUUACUACACUAAUGAUGAUUAUUAUGACGAAGGACAAAGUUAUUUGUAA